GACAUGGCGGCGGCGGCGGAGGAGGCGCGGCUCCUGGCCUGGCUGCGCGGCCCCGCGGCGCCCGGCGGCCCCGAGCUCGCCGCUUACGUGUCGGAGCUGGCGGCGCUGGGGCUGGCGGAGCUGGGCCGGGAGCCGGCGCGGCUGGCGGCGGAGCGGGCGCGGGUCGGGGCCGAGACGCGCCGCCUCGCCUUCGAGCACUACCGAGCCUUCAUCCGCUCCGCCGAGUGCACCGGCCGCGCCGGCCGCGGCUUCGGCGGCAUCGAGAGCCGGCUGGGCAGGCUGCUGGAGCGGCUGCCCGCGCUGCAGGACGCCUGCCGCACCUUCAUGCGCGAUGCCGAGGCCAUCGCCUGCAGCCGGCGCAUGAACAGCCUGACGCUGAACCGGCACACCGAGAUCCUGGAGAUCCUGGAGAUCCCGCAGCUCAUGGACACCUGCGUCCGGAACGGCUACUACGAGGAGGCGCUGGAGCUGACAGCCUACGUGCGCCGGCUGGAGAGGAAGCACAGCAGCAUCCCCGUUAUCCAGGGCAUCGUGCAGGAGGUGCGCCAGUCCGCGCAGCUGAUGCUGAGCCAGCUGAUCCAGCAGCUGCGCACCAACAUCCCGCUGCCCGCCUGCCUGCGCCUCAUCGGCUUCCUGCGCCGCAUGGACGUGCUCAGCGAGGCCGAGCUGCGCGUCAAGUUCCUGCAGGCGCGGGACGCCUGGCUGCGCUCCGUGCAGGCCUCCAUCCCCGACCACGACCCCUACGUGCACCUCACCAAGACCAUCGAGGCGUGCCGCGUGCACCUGUUCGACGUGCUCACGCAGUACCGCGCCAUCUUCUCGGACGAGGAGCCGCUGGCCGAGGGGGCCAUCUUCCACAGCUGGGUGCUGCAGAAGGUCUCCGAGUUCCUGCGUGUGCUGCGGCGCGACCUGGAGCGCGGCGUGGGCGGCCGGCUGGACUCGCUGCUGGGGCAGUGCAUGUACUUCGGGCUGUCCUUCAGCAGGGUGGGCGUGGAUUUCCGCGGGCAGCUGGCGCCCCUCUUCCAGCGCGUGGCCGCCGACGCCUUCGGGAGGGCGGUGGAGGAGGCGGUGGAGAAGUUCCGGGAGGAGAUGAAUUCCUACACGCUGAUCUCGGCUCCGGCCGUGCUGGGGGGCACUGCGGCGGUGCCGGUGCCCGCGGCCCAGCCUGGCACACUGCAGCCCCCCAUGGUGCUGCUGGACUUCCCGCCCCUUGCCUGCUUCCUCAAUGGGCUCCUUGUUGCCUUCAAUGACCUGCGGCUGUGCUGCCCCAUCGCCCUGGCACAGGACGUCACCGCCUGCCUGGACGCUGCCCUCGCUGAGGUGACCAAAACCAUCCUGGCCUUCCACCGUGCUGAGGAGGCGGCUUUCAGCGGGCGGGAGCAGGAGCUCUUUACCCAGUUCUGCACAGCAUUCCUGGAGGACCUGCUGCCCUACCUGAACUGCUGCCUCCAGGUGCUUUUCCCUCCAGCACAGAUUGCACAGGCAUUGGGCGUGGACGAGCUCGGGGUGCCGGUGAGCUGGGAGGCGUCGGGCUGGGCCGCCCGGAUCAUCCAGCACGAGAUGGACCACCUGGAUGGGAUCCUCUACAUCGACCGCAUGGAGCCGCGCACCUUCACCAACGUGGGCUGGAUGGAGCUGCUGGACUGAGCCUGCUGAAAGAACUGGCGCAGCUCUGGGGCUCCGGCUCAGCUUUACUGCAGCCAACACAGACCUGUGGCCUCAGCGUGGCUCCAGCCCUUCCUGCUGGGCACAGGGAGGCAGCGGCGUCCUGCCCACCCUUCCUUGUGGGUCUGCCAACAACCUGCUGCCAGGGCUGUGCAGGGCAGGGGCGCAGGGGGGAUCCUUCCCUCUGGGGCUUGUUUGGGGCUCACGGGCACAGCGUGGGCAGCAGCUGGGCACAGCACAGGGGGCACCGGGAUGGGGCUGGGGGGCAGCAAGGCUGAGGGGAGCCCAGGGACUGCACAGGAGGACAUGGGGUAUGGGCAGGUGGGUGUCAGCUGGUGGCUGCUUCAUCAGGUAGCCCUCUGUAGGCACAAAUCCCUGUCUGGGAGGCUGGAGUGCGAGGAACCGCCUUGGGACAGGCAGAGGUCUUGGCUCUGGGUCAUUGCAUUUUGGGGGGUGGGGGGCUGGGCUGAGCCCCCUGGUGCGGGCAGAGCCUUGGGGAGUGGCUGGGCACCGGCUGAAGCACUCGGAUUGUUUUUAUUUUCAUAUAAACAAGACAGAACCCAAAGCAGCAUUAAGUUAAAAAAUAAAAAAAGAGCAGGAA